AUGGAGGGAGCCACCCCUCCUAGCCACGGACUGCCCGAGCCUGACGAGGGCAUCACCUCCGACCGCCGCCCAUCCACCGACGACCAUGCCGACCUCUCCGAUAGUGCCUCGGACACCGGCUCUGGUGGAGGAAAGGAUUCCGGCUGCGAAGUGGCCGCCGAGCCACAGGAACCUCCCUACUCUCCGCCUGACGACGAGUUAGCGCACAGGAUCGUGUCACAAGUUGAGUUCUACUUCUCAGAUGCAAACAUUACGAAGGAUGCCUUCUUACUGAAACAUGUUCGGAGAAACAAGGAAGGGUACGUCUCCCUGAAGCUUAUAUCCAGUUUCAAACGUGUGAAGCACUUGACGAAGGACUGGAGGGUGGUCGCCGAGGCACUCAAGCGGUCUACAAAAUUAGAAAUCAAUGAAUUAGGAACAAAAUUACGCAGAAUCGACCCGCUCCCAGCGUACGAUGAGACGACUCCGUCCAGGACUGUGGUGGCUGUCAGGAUGCCGAUAGAGCGUCCCUCAGUAGAGAAUGUGUCGCGACUGUUCGCAGGGUGUGGCGAGAUCGCGUUAGUUAGGGUGCUGCGACCUGGCAACCCCGUGCCAGCCGACGUGCGCCAGUUCCUCAACAAAAACCCCAGUUUGGUUAAUUGUGUGUGUGCGUUAGUUGAGUUCACUGAAUCUGAAUCUGCGAGGGAAGCAUUACGUUUACAAACCCCUGACGAAGAUGGGAUGCGAGUGUAUGAGUUGAACGGUGUUCCUAGGGAGCCUAAGAGGAAGACUCCUAUUCGACGGGCGCCACCGCGGCGUCACGAGUGCGAGUACUCGUCGUGCUGCAGCGGCUCCGAGGCGGAGUACGACUACAGAUACGGGACCCCAUUCUACAGGAGGAACUCGAGUGGGUUCUUCACGCCGCGGGCGGCUGAGAUCCAGACGUGGGUGCCGCGGCGGCCGUCCACGUGCAGCCACAGCUCGGACUCGGGCGUGUCUUUCUACUGCAGCUCGCGGCGCACGUCGCAGGCCAGCACGGGCAGCGCCAGCAGCGCGGAGGGCUGGCUGUCGCGGCGGCUGUCGGGCUGCUCGGUGUCGGGCACGGAGUGCGGCGGCCGCCGGCUGUCGUGCGCGCCGCGGUUCGAGCCCCGGGCGCCGCUAGUGCCGGACGGCACGCGCGGCUUCCAUGCCGCCGCCCGCCAGCGCCGCAUCUCGGACCUCGCGCUCUACUCGCGCUAG